CCAAAGUUUCGCCUUCGGUCUUUUCCUCUCCCCCUUUACAAUUUGGUGGGAAAAUCGCAAAGGUCAAACAAUUAUCAAAUCAAAUCAAUUUCCUUCGUAUAUCAACUGGUAUUUUGACUGAUUGCUACCGCUGUGAAGGAAAUGCCCUCGACUUUUAGUCUUCAAUACUCGUGCUAGCUCCUUUGGAUUAUUUACAGUAGUAGAGGAUAAAGAGACAAGUGAACAUUGAGGGUCGGCACUGAAACUCAUGGAAUGCAAUAAAGAUGAGGCUUUGAGGGCAAAGGUCAUUGCUGAAAAGAAGUUAGCUGAUAAAGACUUUGCUGGGGCAAAGAAAUUUACAUUGAAGGCCCAAACGCUAUACCCUGGGCUCGAUGGCAUCUCACAGCUGUUGACGACUCUUGAUGUAUACAUCUCUGCAGAGAACAAGAUAAGUGGAGAAGUGGAUUGGUAUGGGAUACUUGGUGUUAAACCUGCUGAUGAUGAUGAAACAAUCAGGAAAAGUUACAGGAAGUUGGCUCUCAUGUUGCACCCUGAUAAAAACAAAUCAGUGGGUGCAGAUGGUGCAUUUAAACUUCUUUCAGAAGCAUGGAGUUUGUUGUCUGAUAAGGCUAAAAGAUUAGCUUAUAACCAAAGGCGGAGUAUGAGAGGGUUCCAUCUAAAAGUGCCAUCAUCUCAAACUGGUGGUCCAUCAGCACCCCCUGCUGCCAAUGGAGUUUACAAUUUUGCAAAACGAGCAACUUCAAAGCCAAACAUCCGGAGUAGUACCACAGCCACUAGGAUGGGUCAAGGAUCAGUUCCGCCUGUGGUCCGCCCUGCAGCUCCACCUCCAGUUGUUCAUCAGCGGAAUGAUACUUUUUGGACUAUCUGCCAUCGAUGCAAAAUGCAUUACGAGUAUCUUAAUCUGUAUCUUAAUCAUACCCUUCUUUGUCCCAAUUGUCAUGAGCCCUUUCUGGCCAAGGAAAUGCCGCCACCUGUCAACCUUCCCAAGUCAACUCAAUCAUCUGCUCGUCAGGAUUCAAGCAAUCAUGCACCUAGUGGUAGAUCCAAUAGUAACCCUGGAAGAAGUACUGCAGCCACUCAAAAAUCAAAUGUCCAUUGGGGUCCUUCCUCAAGAACAAAUGUGCCCAGUAGCACAGACCCCUCCAUUGCAACAAAAGCAGCAAGCGUUGUUCAGCAAGCUAACGACAGAUUGAAAAGAGAACGUGAAGAAUUCUAUGCAGGGUGGCCCUCGAAAAAGAGAAAAGCAGAUGAUGAUGCUCAGUCUUCUGGUGUUAAGAUCCCGUUUCAGAUGUCCACAGGAAACGGUGGAAAUCUAUCCAAGGGAUCUGGCUUUUCUAAUAAAGUAAAUAGAAGUAGGGAGUUGACUCCAUCUGAAACUCGGAACAUGUUGAUGCAGAAGGCUCAAUCGGAGAUCCGCAAGAAAAUAAUCGAAUGGGAUUCUGAGGAGAAGACGAAAGUAAAUAAGGAAACUCAAAACGGCAACCAGUCUUCUGAAAAGAAUAGUGUAGACCAACCCGCAGAUGCGCAGGAACGUCAAGAAUCUUCAAUGAAUGUUCCUGAUCCUGAUUUUCACGAUUUUGACUUGGAUCGUACUGAAAAUUCUUUCGGAGAUAACCAGGUGUGGGCGGCUUAUGACGAUGAUGACGGAAUGCCACGCUUCUAUGCAUUAGUUCAUAAAGUGAUCUCCAGGAAUCCAUUUAAGAUGAAAAUCAGUUGGCUAAACUCAAAAACCACCAGCGAGUUUGGGUCAUUUGACUGGUUGGGUUGCGGUUUUCGCAAGACUUGUGGGGAAUUCAGAGUCGGGAGGCACGAAUUCAACAAGUCACUGAAUUCAUUUUCUCAGAAAGUCGAGUGGACAAAAGCAAAAGGGAUCAUUCAUAUUCUUCCAAGAAAAGGGCAAGUGUGGGCGGUUUACAGGAACUGGUCCCCUGAUUGGAACGAAAACACUCCAGAAGACGUAAUACACAAGUACGACAUGGUAGAAGUGCUGGACGACUACAAUGAAGAGAAAGGCGUGUCCGUUAGCCGUCUUGUGAAGCAUGCAGGAUUUAGGACGGUGUUUCAUGGGCGCACGGAUGAAAGUGAAGUGGAAGUGAUUCCGAAAGAAGAAAUGUUCCGAUUCUCGCAUCAAGUACCCAAGUACGUGCUGACGGGCGAAGAAGGUGAUAAUUGUCCGAAAGGUUGUUUGGAGCUGGAUCCAGCAGCAACACCAUUGGAUCUAAUUCAAGAAGCAGCAACAGAAGAAAGUAAUGAGGAGGUUGAAAAUGGUGAAGAAGGCAAGCAGCAGAAAUAGUGAAAAGGUAUGUGUUAGUAGUUUCAUUAUAAUUUUUUGGGUCAGCAGAAAUAGUUUGAUUUUGUAUGUGGAUGGAUCACAUUUUGUUGAAAAUUUAUAUGGGGGUGGAUGACCAGAAAAAAAUGGUGGUUUUUGUAUUUUUGGUAUAGAACAGGUGUUGCAACAUUUCUAUAUGAUUAAUUCCUAAAUCAGGCAGAGGACUAAUUACCCCUGUUCUUUUUACAGUUAA